GAAGAUGUCACGUGGCAGCCGGAAAGCGUGGCAGCUGUUGCAAAAGCCUCACUCAACCCGUUUACUACUUUUCUAGAGCUGGAGCGACAAGCGGGCGUAAUUCCGUUUCCACCGCCUCUUUUUCUUCCGGUCCUCGAGGCUACCGUUCCGCUUCAGUGUUCGCCUCCAGUCCUGGUUGUGAAAGACGACAGUAGUCAUGGCGAUGUUUGAGCAGAUGAGAGCGAACGUGGGCAAGUUGCUCAAGGGUAUCGACAGGUACAAUCCUGAAAACUUGGCCACCCUGGAGCGCUAUGUGGAGACACAGGCCAAGGAGAAUGCCUAUGAUCUGGAAGCCAAUCUGGCUGUCUUGAAGCUAUACCAGUUCAACCCAGCCUUCUUCCAGACCACGGUCACUGCCCAGAUCCUGCUGAAGGCCCUCACCAACCUACCCCACACCGACUUUACCCUGUGCAAGUGCAUGAUCGACCAGGCGCAUCAAGAAGAACGGCCGAUCCGACAGAUUUUGUACCUGGGAGACCUGCUGGAGACCUGCCAUUUCCAGGCUUUCUGGCAAGCCCUGGAUGAAAACAUGGACCUCUUAGAAGGCAUAACUGGCUUUGAAGACUCUGUUCGAAAAUUUAUCUGCCAUGUCGUGGGUAUCACCUACCAGCACAUCGACCGCUGGCUACUGGCUGAAAUGCUUGGGGAUCUGUCAGACAACCAGCUGAAGGUGUGGAUGAGCAAAUACGGCUGGAGCGCUGACGAAUCAGGGCAGAUCUUUAUUUGUAGCCAGGAAGAGAGUAUUAAGCCCAAGAAUAUUGUGGAGAAGAUCGACUUUGAUAGUGUGUCCAGCAUCAUGGCCUCCUCCCAGUAACUGCAGGCAUUUAAUAAAGAUGUGUUGACUUUGA